AUGCGAACGGCCCUCGAGGUCGCCCGCGCCGUGCGCGCGAUCGAGCGCGCGACGACGACGACGGAGACGACGGAGGCGGACGAUGCGCGCGCGACGCGACGACGACGAAAGCUCGCGCAGGCGAUUGGGACGACGCGCGCUGGGCUCGAGGCGCUCGCGCGCGAUGGAACGCUCGCGGAGGCGCACGUGGAGGCGUAUGCGGCGACGGUGGCGCGCGCGGAGGCGCGAGUGCGUCGAGAGCGAGCGGUGGAGACGGGGACGAGAGGCGACGCGACGACGACGGCGACGACGACGGGAGCGACGACGACGACGACGGCGGCGACGACGACGGCGACGACGAGCGUCGGGUCGACGCGACUCGCCGCGACGAGUCGACCGAUUCGCGCGUCCGUGAAGACACCGAGGGAGACGCCGAGGGAGACGCCGGCGUCGACCGUCGCGGCGCGGCCGCGCGCGAAGGCGCUCACGACGGAGGACGAGGGCGAGCUCCGACGACAACGGGUGAUUCAGGACGGGUUGACGGACGAGAUGUCCGAACUCGCGCGCGGACUGAAGGCGAACGCGCUGGCGCUCGAGCGCGGACUCGGUCGCUCGACGACGGCGCUCGAGGACGCGGAGACGAAACUGAGUCGAAACGUCGACGGCGCGCGCGCGAGCGUGCGUCGACAGACGGCGGCGUAUCGCGCCAAUCGUCGAGGGUCGUGUUGGACGUGGAUAAUUCUCGCCUUGAUCGGGGUUUUAUUCGCUUGGACGUACGUCGUCAUCAAGGUUUCGAGCGACCGGACGAAGCGCGUUCGCGCCUAG